AUGGCCAACGAAGCGCCUAGGAAUAAUGGGGUCGCAAAGGAGGAGGAAGUCGAACAACACCAAAAAUCACCGUCUACCGCGCCCAAUUCAGAAAUGAAUCCUCCAGAGAAUAUUCCCAACCAAGCAGAGGUCGAGGCUGCGCCGAACAAUUCGAACGACAAAGAGAAGGAGAAGGAGAGUGUAGGUGCUACCUCAGGCAGAGACACCCGCACUCGACGCGCCUCCGCCACUGCCGCCGCCGCCAACAACCAGCCCAGCACACCCGCCACAGCUACUCGUCGCACGCGCCGCAAGAAGGACGAUCACGACAAGGAGAAAGAGACCCCGAAAGAAACGCCGAAAGAAAAGGAAAAGGAAAAGGAGAAAGAGACGCCUAAGGAGAAGAAGCCGAGAAAAACAAAGAACAAGGUUAAAGAGCAACUCGACAAGGAGAAGCAAGAGCAGGCUGAAAAGGAAAAAGAGAAGGAGAAAGAAAAGGAGCCUGCAAAGGAGCCUGCAAAGGAGCCUGCAAAGGAGCCUGCAAAGGAACCUGCAAAGGAGAAACCGGCCAAAGAAUACAAAUCCAAAGCAAAGGACAAGGACAAGGAGAAAGAAGCGAAGAAAGAGAAAGAAAAGGAAGCGAAACCUCGCGGACGCCGCCCGAGAGAAAAGUCCAAUGCCUCCACAACCACGACGCCCCAGAGUUCGCGGAAGAAGCCGAAGCUCGAGCAUCAUACAAACGACGACGAUAGCAGUCUUACCAUUGAUCUUACCAUUGACAAUAGCAAAAACAAUAAGAACGAGAACGAGAACGAGACCAAUACAACAGAAGAGAAAGCGCCCGUCCUAGCUCCCCCGCGAGCGCCAGCUCCAGCUCCAGCUCCAGCUUCAGCUCCUGCUCCAGCUCCUGCUCCUAGUCCUGCUCCUGCUCCUGCACCAUCUGCUGCACCCGCACAACCAGCCGCUCCUUCCCAACCCGGCAAUCAUGAUAUUAAUUUCGGAGGAAGCUCGCGCCCGGCUCAACAGCCACCACAAACACCUGUCCAGCAGCCAGCCUCGUCUGUUCCUACAACCUCUGCAUCUCCAGUCAAGGCAGCAGGUCCCGCGACCUUCGCGCCGACACCUCUGCCUUCAUCCUCUGCCGCUUCUCCUCCGACCGCCAUGCACGCUCCAUCGUUAGCGCGAUCGCAUUCUUUAGAAAACAUGCUUUCGACACAUCAUACCCCGUCGUAUAUGACUCCAACACACGCGCAGCCACCAUCGCAGGCGUCUCCCCCGCGCUCGAGUGGACAACGCUACGAUCCUAUUCGAUCAGCGUUUGGCGACCCAGCUCCUCCACCAGUUUCCCAUCAACAUUCGCCGGCUCACAUGGGAACGCCUAUGCUGUCGUCGCAGACUCAUUUCAGUCCUCCCCAGCAUUCCAUCUCACCGCAACGCGUCUACAGAGCUAGUGCGUCUCCUGCUAUUUCUAGCAUUAUUGAUCCGCCGGCACCCCCGGUGCCAGUACAGCAACAGUUACCUCCGCAGCAACACUCUGGUUAUCCGAAUCAUACACAAAGCUACCCUUCUUUUGGCUCGAAUGCAUCGCCACAUGUGCAUCAUUAUGGACAAAGCCCAUCAAAGCAGGUACCAACGCUGUCACAGAUCACCAACCCUAGUCCACCACCACCUCAACCUCCACUCUUUUCCGCUCAGCAAUCACCUCCGCAGCCACCACAACCAUACCAACAACAUCAGUAUCCUGCACAUCGGCACGAUCAGCUGUCUGUGGCGUCUACUCAGGUAGAGAAACCUCCCGAGAAAAUCAGUCUGCUCCAGCAGCCGGUUGCAAUGGAGAUCGACUCUGAGCCUGCCUCUACUGCGCCUGCGCCUGCGCCGGUACCGGCACCUGAGACUACGACUACAACUACAACUCCUGCAGCACCUACGAAAUCUGCAAAGGCUGCAAAGAAAGAUAAAAGCACGCCGACUGCUACCCCAUCCAGCGCACCAUCUCCCAAACCAGCUCGUGCAGCCAAGGAUGCACCGCCUCCUCUUCCACAAGGUUCUGGUCUAAUUACUGGGGCACUUUUUGGAGUCGACGAUAGUUCAUCGGCAGUGUCAAAAACAGCACCCAAUAUCAUCCUUCAUGUUCCUCUCUCACGCGACAGCAACAAGAUCAUCAGUUUUGCUCGUUUGGCAGAGGAAAAGUAUGGAUUUGCAGCUCUGCAUCCACGUAUUGCUGCGCAAAAGGAGCGUUUAGCACGAGUUGCAGCAGCAAGCGCUGCACUAGAAAAGGAUGAAAAGGGCGGAUCUGCACGCGAGAGCGCGGAGGAAGAUUUAAGUGUAGAUAUCGAUCGAGACAGUGACCCCGAUGGUGACGUUUCUAUGGGCGGAGUCGCGACUGCCCCGGAGGAACCAACGGAUGGAAAGAAAAAGCGUCGCAAGAAGAAGAUUGAAGAAUAUGACCGUGACGAUCCAUUUGUGGAUGACAGCGAGCUGGUGUGGCAAGAACAGGCAGCUGCCAGUAAAGACGGAUUCUUUGUCUAUAGUGGACCUCUUGUAGCGGAGGGCGAAAAGGUUCAAGUCGAGAGGGCCGACGGUACUAUCAAACGCGGGCGUGGUGGUCGUGGUCGCGGCGGUGCACGAACACGUGGAGGACACGCCCACGUCCCUAUCACGUCCAAUGUACCUGUGUCCGCCGAAACUGGACUUCCACUUCGUGGACCAGGCUCUCGUGGAGGCAGCAUGGCUCGCAAACCGCGUACCAACAAGGCCAAGCAGCAAGGCGACGACAAGUCCGACUCGCGCGCGACGAGCACAUCGAAGAGCGGCACAGGUCGGGGUGGUGGCAGUGCUGGCGCUUCUGCGAAUGCAUCAUCAAAGAGUGGCAGCAAAGCGUCUACCUCGAAUGCAACGACUGCAGCGAGUUUGACUGGCAUGGUUGGUUUGGCCCCUGCGCCGGCGGCACCUACAUCAACACCAGGACCGCACCUUGCCCCUGCACCGACUCAAAACGGACAAAUUAUUCUUUGA